CAGUAACUAGCACUAGUAGCAACUUGAGAAGAGCCUACAAGCCUGCUCAAAAAUUAGCGGCAGCACAAUAUAGUUCGGGCAUUUUUAUGCCAAUAGGGCGUUUUCGGGUCUUUUCCUAAAAUAAGUGCAGCUUUGGAGUGGAAAACCGGGGUCUCCAUCUCUUUUGAAUAUAUCCUGCUAGCACUGGCGUCCACCCUGUGACACAUUGCUCAAUUGAGGGGGCCCCCCAUCAGUGCAAGGGCCCACACUGUAUCCUCCAGGUCCCCUCUGCCUGUGCGUGUGAGUGAGUGUGUGUGUGUGUAUGUGUGAGUGAGUGUGUGUGUGUGUGUGUGUGUGUGUGAGAGAGAGAGUGUGAGUGAGCUUGUGUUGAGUCCUCUGGAGACUCCUGGCUUGACCCAACCAAGAUGUCGUCCAUCUUGCCGUUCACCCCGCCUGUAGUGAAGAGGCUGCUGGGCUGGAAGAAGUCGACCAGCGGGCCGGGUGGAGCGGGCGGCGGAGAGCAGAAUGGGCAAGAGGAGAAAUGGUGCGAGAAGGCUGUGAAGAGCUUAGUGAAGAAGCUGAAGAAGACAGGCCAGCUAGAUGAGCUGGAGAAAGCUAUUACCACACAGAACUGCAACACCAAGUGUGUCACCAUCCCCAGCAAUUGCUCUGAAAUAUGGGGACUGAGUACACCAAAUACGAUAGAACAGUGGGAUACAUCAGGCCUAUACAGCUACCCUGACCAAACCAGAUCUCUGGAUGGCCGCCUGCAGGUCUCCCACAGGAAGGGCCUUCCCCAUGUUAUCUACUGCCGCUUGUGGCGGUGGCCGGACCUCCACAGCCACCACGAGCUGCGCGCCAUCGAGGCCUGUGAGUAUGCCUUCCACCUCAAGAAGGAUGAGGUCUGCAUCAACCCCUACCACUACCAGAGGGUGGAGACCCCAGUGCUGCCUCCUGUUCUUGUGCCAAGACACUCAGAGAUCCUGACAGAGCUGCCACCUCUGGAUGACUACACUCAUUCCAUACCCGAGAACACAAACUUUCCAGCGGGAAUCGAACCUCCAAACAACUAUAUACCAGAAACGCCUCCGCCAGGCUACAUCAGUGAGGAUGGGGAGGCCAGCGAUCAACAGAUGAAUCAAAGUAUGGACACAGGUUCUCCAGCAGAGCUUUCUCCCAGCACUCUGUCUCCUGUCAAUCACAGCAUGGACCUGCAGCCGGUGACUUACUCAGAGCCGGCGUUUUGGUGCUCGAUAGCCUACUACGAGCUCAACCAGCGCGUGGGGGAGACAUUCCAUGCCUCUCAGCCCUCGCUGACAGUGGACGGAUUCACAGACCCAUCGAACUCUGAACGUUUCUGCCUGGGCCUUCUGUCUAAUGUCAACAGGAAUGCCACUGUGGAGAUGACCCGGAGGCACAUAGGAAGAGGAGUUAGACUCUAUUACAUUGGAGGGGAAGUAUUUGCUGAGUGCCUAAGUGAUAGCGCCAUCUUUGUCCAGAGUCCAAACUGCAACCAGCGGUAUGGCUGGCAUCCAGCGACAGUGUGUAAAAUUCCUCCAGGUUGCAAUCUAAAAAUCUUCAACAACCAGGAAUUUGCAGCCCUGCUGGCUCAGUCGGUGAAUCAGGGCUUCGAGGCCGUCUACCAGCUCACCAGGAUGUGCACCAUCCGCAUGAGCUUUGUUAAAGGCUGGGGAGCCGAGUACAGGCGGCAGACUGUAACAAGCACUCCAUGCUGGAUCGAGCUGCAUUUGAACGGUCCCCUGCAGUGGCUCGACAAGGUUCUGACCCAGAUGGGUUCCCCGUCUGCACGCUGCUCCAGUAUGUCCUAAACAGCUACGGAAACGCCCCCCUCCCCUUCCUCCUCCCCAAAAAAACGCAGCCCAUUACAAAGAUCAUUAAAUUCUAAACUUGUAAGUCCUUUCAUGAAAAAAAAAAAGGAAACCCCACAGAAUGAGUUUUCUGUAACAUUCUUCAUAGUAUUUGUGGCCCAGUUCCACAUCCCUCUUUUAACUUUACACACACUCACACGAAAAUGCACCUACACUGUCGCAUUCACACACAAACACAGACACACAUACAGACUUUUCAGUAAAAAAAAAAAAUUGGCACUUUGUUACCCAUCUAUGUCAUGCACCUUGUUAAAUUGCUUUUCCCCAAAUCCUUAAUAUUAGAUCUAUUUGUGGUACAAAUAAAAUGUAUAUUGGUUUUUAGUCCAGGAAGUAGGGGAAAUACCAAAAAUAUCUGUGAAUAGUUUCUCAGUAUUGAAAAUUGCUUGUAUGAGUAACACGAGCUUGAAUGCUAAAAUGAUUUUUGUUCCAGCCCCUCCCCCCUAUCCCCCCCCCCCUCAAAACCAUUGUUCUGAACCUAAGUUUACUUUUCUCUGGGAAACUCGGCCCCAUCUUUUUUGGCAGGGGGAGUUGGCUUGGUGAAGAAACGAUGGCCUUGGUGGCUGCUCUCUUCUGAGGGAAACACCACAAUGUGUUUAUGAAAUUUGAUUGAAUUGACUUCACUGUUUGCCAGAACGGCCCCCUUUUUCUUUUUUCUUUUUUUAACUCUUGACGUGUGUCGUUGUAAGACAUACUUCUUAACGGACAAAUAGGAAUGUUAGUUUAAAAAAAGAAAAGGUAAAUCCCUAAACAAACUGCAAACUCCGUCAGGCUGUAGUUUAUUUCUUUGUCAUUAUAUGGCACUCUUAGUGUCCUUGGUUUAGUUGAUUUGCAUCCCCACUGAACAGCCUGGUACAAAAGCUAAUGAGACAUUGGCCAGGCUUUUUUUUUGCAGGGUGCACUGGGCAGGGACCAGAGAAUAUCAGCUGUUAGCAGAAGCUUUUUUUUCUCUCUUUGACACGACACUGGGAGUCCUGGGGCUCUCCAAGGCGAAGCAUUAAAAAAAAAAAGUCUCACCAGGAGAAAUUGAAGGUAUCAAUGAAUUCAUUCUGUUUUUAGCCUAUAUCCCCAUUGUUUUGCUACUUUUUUGUAUUCUCAUGUAUUUUUAUAUAUAAAUAUACUUAAAAUUUUCUGUCGUUCACUUUUUAUUAAAGUAAUAUUUUCAAGACCACAGCUGUUUCUAAAGUGACAUGGAUGGCAUGGAUCAUUCCUUCAUUCUACCCAAAAGGUUUAGUUGAAAAUUCAUUUCCAAUCGCAGCUCUUUGUCUUGGUAAAAUAAAAAGGAAAAAAAAAGAAAAAAAGAAAUCACUGCCCCACAUGAUGUGUAGCCUGUUUCUAUCCUUAGUUUUUUUCCAAAGAAAUCUGGUGCAUUUAAAGUACACAAAACAACUGAUUUGCUUAAAACCCCAAAUCUACUUUCCUGUAACGGUUUUAAUGAUUCCAGAGGCAUGUAAAAUUUGGCAGUGGCCAUUCAUUCAUCUCUUCACUUUCUUUUCUUUCUUUUUUUCUUUAAAAAAAAAAAUAAACCACAUGACCUCUUGUAGCCUUUUGGUGCUUAGUCAAGCGGGUUAAAGUCAACCAGAUAUAAUUGGCUUUCCAAAUGUUACAGAAACAUGGGAGGAGACCAGUGUUCUUCCAUGAGAAAAGAAGCGCAAACGUGCCUGCACACUGGGACAUUCUGUGUUAAUGUGUGUGUUGUAUUUGUUCUGUCUAUAAAAAUACAGUCUGUACAACAAGACUUAUUAGCUUAAACUCUGCCAUUACUGUCACUCUGCAGCUGUUCCAGUCACAUAAUGACAGUAAUGGCAGAGUUUCCCUUCUUUUUUUGAUGUAAAUGUGUUUACCUUUUGGCACUAGUGAUUGUACUUUAAGUGCACCUAGUCAAGUUUGGAUUUGGGGAAAUGAACCAUGUGUUAGGGUCCAGUGUUACAUUGUUUUUAUCUUUGGCCUACAACAUAUGAAUGUGAAAAAAUACAUUACAAAAACUGACGUGGACCAGACGUACAUAUACAUAACAGUAGUACAGUAUGUGUGUAUUUAACAGUAAUCUUUUUGCAAAGCAGUCAGUACAGUAGAUGUCGCAGUUGUUUUACCAGUAGAGGGCGGUAUUGAUAGAGCAGUUCUUUUUUUUUUUUUUUUCUGACCAUAAGCUUCUCAGGCGUGUGGCAUAUUAUGCAGACUUCAUAAAACACUAAUAAAGAUUUUUA